AUGUACGAAGGGAUUGACAACCUGAAAUCCCUUUACGACCGUGCCGGGAAGACUUUCUCCGGCGGUCCUUCUGCGGUACAGGAUGUGCCGCGUCGUACUGCUCAACCAGACCCAGUACGUCGAUCAUCAGUUGGGAGCGGGGCUCCCAAGAAUCCCAGGACGGGGGAUAGCCGCGCCACCGGACGAGAUAACUCGUCCGACGUCGGUUCACGUCGCGGUGGUUCAACAGCUGCUCAACUAGAUAGCGCUGGCCACCGCGAGAGUCCUCUAAUGGAGGUGGAGGAGGAGGAAAGACGCUCUCCACACGAUCAUGUGGAUCGGUGUGUUCCCGAGAGCUUCUUUGAUCGCGUAACGCAAGGGUUACGCGACGAUCUCGAACAUGAGCGGAAUAGGCGUCUCCAAAUGGCGGACACUGCCUCGAAGCAUCGAGCUGAGUUUGCCUUUGCUCAGCUUGAGAACGAGAGAUCUCUGACAUCUCUUCGUGACGAGCUAAGGGUAGCUCGUGGGAUUGUUGAUCGGUCUCGGGAUGAGAUAGCUGCUCUUCAGACCCUUGUUGGUGCCCACCAUCGGGAGCACAAGGCUCUCUGCGAGAUGCUUGAGUGCAAGGGCGUUCUUCAUCGGAAGAAGCAGCGUACUGAUGGUACGGCUUAA